GGCCUGCCGGGACGGCUGGGCUUCCGGUUGGGCCGUGGCGGGGCCGGUUUGAAGUUGGCGGCUCCGACUGCAGCAUGUCUGAGGAACGCGUAGGCAGCUUGGAGGAGCUGAGCGGCUGGCCUGAGGAGCUGUGCCGCCGGGAGCUGCCGUCUGUUCUGCCCCGGCUCCUCUCUAUGUAUCAACAUUCUGAGAGUUGGAUUGAGCAUAUUCAAAUUUUGAAAAUUAUGAUAGAAAUGUUUUUACCUCAUAUGAACUACCUGACAUUGGAACAGACUUUCUUUUCACAAGUGCUACCAAAGACUGUAAAAUUAUUUGAUGAGAUGAUGUAUGAAUUAACCACUCAAGCCAGAGGACUGUCAAGUCAAAAUGUAGAAAUCCAGACCACUCUAAGGAAUAUUUUACAAACAAUGGUGCAGGUGUUAGGAGCUCUUACAGGAUGUGUUCAGCAUGUCUGUGCCACACAAGAAUCCGUCAUUCUAGAAAAUAUUCAUAGUCUCCCCUCCUCUGUCCUUCAUGUAAUCAAAAGUACAUUUGUACAUUGCAAGAAUAGCGACUCUGUAUAUUCUGGGUGCUUACACCUAGUUUCAGACCUUCUCCAGGCACUCUUCAAGGAAGCCUAUUCUCUUCAGAAGCAGCUGAUGGAACUGCUGGAUAUGGUUUGCAUGGACCCUUCAGUAGAUGAGAAUGAUGAUGUUUUGAAUAUGGUACUAGUUAUUCAUUCAUUAUUGGAUAUCUGCUCUGUUAUUUCCAGUAUGGAUCAUGCAUUUCAUGCCAAUACUUGGAAGUUUAUAAUUAAGCAAAGCCUUAAGCACCAGUCAGUUAUAAAGAGCCAAUUGAAACACAAAGAUAUAAUUGCUAGCUUGUGUGAGGACAUGCUUUUCUCCUUCCAUUCUUGUUUACAGUUAGCUGAACCGAUGCCACUUUCAGAUGCACAGGGACAGGAUAAUGUUGACUACAAAUUAUUUCAGAAAACACUCAAAUUGUGUCGUUUCUUUGCCAAUUCACUUGUGCACUACACUAAGGAAUUUCUUCCUUUCCUUUCUGAUUCUUGCUGCACAUUGCAUCAGCUUUAUCUUCAGAUAUACAGCAAGUUCCCCCCCAGCCUGUAUGCUGCCAGGGUUUCCAAAGCACAUCAGGAGGAAAUAGCAGGUACUUUUCUGGUGACACUUGAUCCACUCAUCAGCCAGCUGCUCACAUUCCAGCCUUUUGUGCAGGUGGUUUUGGACAGUAAGUUAGACCUGCCGUGUGACCUGCAGUUCCCACAGUGCCUGCUGUUGGUUGCUGUCAUGGACAAGCUGCCCGCUCAGCCUGAGGACGUGCAGGCCCUGUGGUGCACAAAAUGUCAAGUCUCAGAAGCUGUGAGCAGGCAAUCUCUACUCCAAGCCAUUUUCUACAGUUUUGAGCAGUGUUCUGGUGAACUCUCUCUACCUGUUCAUUUACAGGAAGUGAAGAGUAAAGGGCAAGCUGAGGUGGCUGUCACUUUGUAUCAGCAUGUUUGUGUUCAUCUAUGUGCAUUUAUUGCUUCCUUUCACCCCUCACUAUUUCCUGAACUGGAUGCUGCUCUGUUGGAUGCUGUGCUUAGUGCUAAUAUGAUCACGUCUUUGUUAGCUAUGGAUGCAUGGUGCUUCCUUGCUCGGUAUGGGACUGCAGAACUCUGUGCACACCAUGUCACCAUAGUGGCUCAUCUGAUAAAAUCUUGCCCUGGAGAAUGUUACCAGCUCACCAACCUGUCACUACUAUUGAAGCGCCUCUUCUUCUUCAUGGCCCCAACCCAUCAGGUGGAGUUUAUCCAGAAAUUUUCUCCAAAAGAAGCAGAAAAUCUGCCUCUGUGGCAGUGUAUUUCCUUCCAGGCCUUAUCUGCUGAAUCUAGGAAACAGACUACACAGGAAGUCACUAGAGUAGGCACUGUGCAGUGCAGGAAAUGGCUGAGUGGGAGUCACACUUUGGGAGAACUGGAGUCUCUGAACUCAGCACUCUCUGCUUUGAUUGCUGUCUGUGCAUCUGCUGGAGAAACUCUGGAUAUUGGGCAGCAAACUGCAAUUAUAGAAGUUGGGAGUCAGCUUUGGGUUUUCUUAAGCAUUAAACAGGUGACACGUCAACCCUGUGUUCAACAGACAUUCAGGCUUUUACUUUCACUGUUAGGAUUUUUUGUUCAAACUCUACAUCCUCAGCUGAUAUGUCAGGUAGUAAAUUUGCAGACUUCACUACUUAAAUUUGAACCUCCGGAUCAUGUCUGUUUGGCAAUGGUGGAUUUUGUAUCUUCUCUAGGAAAACUUUUUAUACAUCACACUCUCCAGGACAAAAUUUUGCCCUACCUGUCUUCCAUCCUGGCCUUACUGAUAGCCGAGAAGAACUGGCUGCUAGAACAACACACCCUGGAGGCAUUUACUCAGUUUGCUGAGGGGACAAAUCUUGAAGAGAUAGUGCCACAAUGUCUCAGUUCUGAGGAAACUAAGAACAAAGUCGUGUCCUUUCUGGAGAAGACCGGGUUUAUAGAGGAGACUGAAGCUGCCAAAGUGGAACGUGUGAAACAGGAAAAAGGUAUCUUCAGGGAACCCUCCGCUAGCGUGGCUGCAGCAGUAGUGAAGUGUUCAUCAGUACAGACUUGUGCAAAAAGAGCCCGUCAUGAGUUCCCCUUGGAAGAACAGUAUAGGUCAGCUUUGCAAGCAGCAGUAAGGGCUCUGGAGGUCACUGAGUCACUGCUCCAAAAGGCUCCUGCUCCAGCCUGGCUUCUGGUGGAAAUGGAGGCACUGCAAGCACGGAUUGAGCAGCUCAAACACAGUGUGCUCCAGGGUGAAUGCUGAACGGACUGCACUGCUGUCACCAGACAGACUGGGUUUGACACUUUUCAACUGUCAGGAUAUUCUGCAAAUGAAAAUACUCAGUAGUUAUACUUGUACAUUUUCUAGCACAUAUAAAAUAGAUUUUAUAGAGGUGAAUCUAGUGAAAAUAGUCUUUAUUUGACAUUUAGAGAACAGGAUUGGGGGUGAUAUUUCUCAUUAAGACCUUUGGUACAAGGUAGUACAUGUAAAACAGUAACUGCCCAGGUCCACAGAGGACCUUCCACUCAGAAAGUACAACUGUAAACAAAUAAAUAAGCUGCCUAAGGAAA